AUGGAGGACGUUGGAGGCUUAGAGGCCAACAUCUCCUUGCAAGACAAGCAGUGCCAGAUCGUUGAGAACUACAAGAGGGUCUACCUCCCCCUGACCUACAGCAUCGUCUUUGUGCUGGGGCUGCCCCUCAACAGCGUCGUUCUCUGGCUCUCCUGGUGCCGCACCAAGCGCUGGACGUGCACCACCAUCUAUCUCUCCAACCUGAUGGUGGCCGACCUGCUCCACAUUGCCACGCUGCCCUUCCUGAUCAUCAACUACUCGCUGAGGGACCGAUGGCCCUUUGGCAACUUCUUCUGCCGGCUGGUACGGUUCCUGUUUUACACCAACCUCUACGGCAGCAUUCUGCUCCUGACAUGCAUCAGCGUGCACCGCUUCCUGGGCGUGUGCUACCCCAUCCAGUCCUUGGCCUACCGCACCCGGAGACUGGCCCUCACAGGAACAGGUACCACAUGGGCCCUGGUCAUCCUGCAGGUACUGCCCACCCUGGUCUUCUCUGAAAUGGGGCCCAAGAAUGAUCACAUGGUCUGUUACGACCUGAGCCGACCCAACGUCUUUGGCUACUUCUUCGUCUAUGGGAUGAUUCUGACUUUCUCGGGCUUCGUCUUGCCUUUUCUCAUCAUCCUCAUCUGCUACUCACUAAUGAUCAAGAGCCUGGUAAAACCCAUGGAGGCCCAGACAGGGCUGGGCACAGCUGCCCGGGCCAAGUCUGUCCGCACCAUUCUCGUGGUGUGCAGCCUCUUCGCUCUCUGCUUUGGGCCCUUCCACGUCACUCGCUUCAUCUACUUCUUGGCCAGGUUCUAUGCCACCAAGAACUGUCCCCUGCUGAAUGUGACCAGCAUGGCUUAUAAGGUUUGGCGGCCUCUGGUCAGCUUCAACACCUGCUUAAACCCAGUGCUCUUCUUCCUGUCUGGUGGCAGCAACAGAAUCAGGCUGGCCCAGGAACUGAGGCGAAAUAAGUGA